AUGGCGAUGGCUGUCUCUGGAGCUGUGCUCAGUGGGCUUGGUUCUUCCUUCCUCGCCGGAGGCAAGAGGAGUGCCGCCGCUUUAGGAACCGGUGUAGGUUCUGCAGUUGCGAGAGUUGGUAGGAAAACUCUGAUUGUUGCUGCUGCUGCUGCUCAGCCCAAGAAAUCUUGGAUCCCCGCUGUUAAAGGUGGCGGCAACUUCCUUGACCCUGAAUGGCUCGAUGGCUCGCUACCCGGAGAUUUCGGGUUCGACCCAUUGGGUCUAGGAAAAGACCCGGCUUUUUUGAAAUGGUACAGAGAGGCAGAGCUGAUCCACGGACGAUGGGCGAUGGCAGCUGUUCUUGGGAUCUUCGUGGGCCAAGCAUGGAGUGGCGUGCCAUGGUUCGAAGCCGGAGCUGAUCCACGUGCCAUUGCACCCUUCUCUUUCGGUUCACUUCUUGGAACCCAACUUCUUCUCAUGGGUUGGGUGGAGAGCAAAAGGUGGGUGGACUUCUUCAACCCUGACUCUCAGUCAGUUGAGUGGGCCACGCCGUGGUCGAGGACCGCUGAGAAUUUUGCAAACUACACUGGUGAUCAAGGAUAUCCUGGUGGAAGAUUCUUUGACCCGUUGGGUUUGGCUGGGAAGACACGUGAUGGUGUUUAUGAGCCAGAUAGGGAGAAGCUGGAGAGGUUGAAGGUUGCGGAGAUUAAGCACUCUAGGCUCGCUAUGCUUGCUAUGUUGAUCUUUUACUUUGAGGCUGGUCAGGGGAAGACGCCUCUAGGUGCUCUUGGUUUGUAA